AUGGCCACUAUGUCGCAAAGCGGAGGACCCAUUCAACGAGAUAAUCCUGAACCAAAGCUAGAUCAAGAAAUGAAAGAUGAGACAUUGGAAGACCGCCUUGCAGUGAUCCAAGGUACAUUCCUUCAUAUGAAAAAUGAAUUCACUGCUUUGUGCCAAAGAAUUGAACAAAAAGGAUCCAAUGUUGGCGAAAUCGACCUGCUCGCAGUGGAGACCACAAUGGAUCAAUUUCGCGAGCUGGAACAGAAGAUGACCAUCUGGAAGCGGGACGUGGCUCAUAGCGUUAUGAGGACUGGGAAGUACCCUAUCAACAUUAAAGUUGAUGGGCACAAUAAUCCAGUUUAA